UUCGGACGUUGGUUGAAUCUUGUCAAAAUAACCAUGGUUCAUUCUUGGUUGUAACAAGCUUUACGUUACCGAUCAAUUUCAUUUCUAAUUCGCUAUUGACAACAGAUCCCUUCAAGCGCCAGCUUUUCGUUCACUUUGCUAACCGUUUAGCAAUAGGUCGAAGGAAAUACUCAGACAGCAAGACCAAAUGUAUAAAAGCAACCAGGAAAGAACCGAUAGAUCAGAAGUCGAAUCGUACGACCAUACAAUCGAGGAUACAUUAGACCUAGUGGCAUUCCUUAAGGGCCUCUUUCAGGACUACUGUUGUAUCUAAUCGAGUCGGGCGUCUUAGCCUACAUUUCCAACUCGUUCUGAGUAUAAUCAUUGACAAUCAGCGUUUGUGGCAGACGCUGGCAACUGCGUGCGUGAUGUUGCAUCUGUUUUUGAUCCUAUCAGCGCAAUGCCGGUCAGUAGAGUAAUGGUUUAGGGGCCAUUGAGUGUCCUCGUAAAACUGGAAAAUACCUUGUUGAGAAUCUCAUGUUCAAAAGAGACGAAGCAAGAAGGCUUACGAGCGCGUAAAUUUUUAUCGCUUGUCGAAACCGUGGUGGUUACCAGCAACGGUAGUACCUCCCACUCGUAGGCAAAAUUGUCCUUGGAAAAGGACUUAUAUGCCCUACGUACUGAUGAUUUGUAUCGCUUUUGGUGGCAGUAAUUCGCCCUUCCUUUCCUUCGAGUGAUCGCAACUGAGCCAACGAACCCAUACGCUCGUGUACUAUGUUGGUUAGCCUAUGAAUGCGUUAGGUGUGCGCUUUACAUCCUACUGCAAAAACGGACAGAACUUUCAUGAAGACCCCACUAUUUUUGAGCUCGGCUGAAACUAAACAUUGGCAGUAAUAUUGUCAAUAUGCAAUUAUUUCGUUUGAUGGUAUUGAUACAGUCUAGAGUUGUCCUGUAUAGGAAAGGUGAGGUAAAGGAAUUAGAUGAAACGAUAAUGAUGACGAUGUGGUCAGAUCCCUUCGAAUCUAUGAGGAGAAAAACGUAUAACCCGUGAAUGAAUGUCUCGUAUGGUGCGAAUUGCAUCUCCUACGUUUAAAAGUAGGUUUCUAAGCCGCAUUUUCCUUCAAGUUAGAAAACAAACAAGUUCAUGAAGCACGUCUAAUGUACUUAACUACCACAAAAAUCAUAGCUGGAACUAACUAAUCUGUCAAUAUUUGCCAGUAAUUGGUACUAAAAACCGUGAUGUCUCCACUUCGAUUUUCGUCCCAAAUUUACCACUUUAUCGCAUGUUGCGUUUUCCGCUGUUUCAGGUCGCUUUCCGUCGAUCAUCAUCGUUAUUACUGUCCACACAAAGUCACCGCUAUAGUCGCAAUUUUUACCAGUAGCAGCAGCGGACGAAGCUACGAAUAAAAUAGGCAAAACAUAACGGUAACCUCUAGCUAACGCCAUCAAAAUACAGUACCUACAAUAAACGACUAUUAUCGAAAGCAAUGCUCGGGCCGCCAGCUCAAUCGGUAAGUCGAGCGGCUCUGAUGAAGGGAGUUUCUGGAUCUACCGCAUAUCCGUCCUAGAGUUAUGAUGUAUGGAACUGAGGUUAAUUAAACUAAGCUAGGCGUCGAUACGUUAGCUAAGGCGCGUGCAUCCAUUUCUGCCUCGUCUGUCACCUAGGUUAGGCUACAAAGCAGUCGUAUCAAUCGUGGGAUGGCGGGAUAGGAACCGGGCCCCAGCUAACAGUUUCCUAUUUUUACCACCGCCGCCACACAGUAUACUACCAGCUCUUUGCUAAGAUUUACUGCGCCAUCGUAAGCAGCCGCUGACGAACGGCCGCAACGCCGUGCCCCUUUGGGCCCAUCGGAUACGAUGCAUUGUGACAGGACUGAACGGUCAGAUCACGCACGAACUCAUACCCAGCAGAUACAAAGUUCUGGUCGCAACAACAGCAAGUACGGACAAAGCGGAACACGCCAUCGUUGGCCACCAUUAAUGCGAUGAAUGGCAGUGAGCGGGACGCUGACUGAUCGUAUAUUAUUCGUUUCCAAAUCUCUGAUUCCCGAUAAUUGUCAUCGCCGAGAUUAGCGGCCUUCCUUGGCAGGGAAAUGUGCGAUAAUUAUGAUCCUUGGUGGUGGAUUUUUAUUGCGCACGGUUAUGAGCGAACUGUCGUAUUGGCUAUUUAUCGAAACAGAUCAACAAGGGGUGACUCAAAGCUAUCCUAGCAUUAUUAUCGCAUAUAUAGAAACCAAUGUGACUGAGUAUGGCUGAUAUUUGAAGUGCGUUAUUAUAUUAAAUUCUCUAUUGGCCUUAAGAAGCUUUCCAAAGAUUGCAUAAGCUUGUAUCGAGAUGUGUUUUGUUUCGCACCACAACGACCACUGAAUUUGGCGAGCUCUUUGCUUCUCACCCACGUCGUACGCAAUCAUUCCGUGAUAUCCGUCUAUCCAUUUCUAUUACGAAUACGUCAACGUUAUGGUGACAUCGUAAAAAACUUGACUUUUACCUCCGGUUCCAUAUUAGCAAAGAAUCAUUACGUUCCAAUAAAAACCGAGGAUUGACUAGAGCCAUUUUCUAAAUCUAAACCACUUUACGUGUCGAUGAGUGCAGUAUACAAACACUUGCUCAAAAACACAACAAACGUUGCUACGAUCAUGCCAUUCUAAGAAUAGCUUAAUAAGCUGCUAUUUACAGCACAAGUGAGAUCGCUCUAUUUUGAGCUUUGUUUUGUUCAUCAGUUGCAGGAGUAUUAAUAAAAACUCGAUUCUCGUUUCCCUACCCAUUCAUAUUAGAAGAUUAGCUAGAACGCUUUGACAUAGGCAAUCGUCGAAUUUUUGUAUAUACGUGUAACUAUAACUAGGUCGCCUACGUAUUUUGUGAACACCACUUGUUGACUACAUGUACCUCUUAAACAGCUAAUUUUUAUCGCCUCAGUGCCCACGCAAAUAUGGCACCGAUAUGUUAUUUACUUUAUUGCGUACUCGAGUCUGCCUGUCUCUCCACUGAAAAGCGUAGAUGUACCGAUACAUGGCUUUAAAGUCUUAGAGGCCUACAGUCACGCAGAGAUACGCGCGUACUCAAUGGCAGGGCUUCUUAUUGCAGUAAUGCAUCUGCUCUUGUUUCCGUUUCAGGAGCGAUAUCUUAUUGCAUAUUUGGCCAUCCCGCAAAAAGACCACCAUUACGACCAACAGCGGCAACAGAAGCCCUAGAAGGCAUCUCCUUAGCCCUGCUCCCCCCUUCCCAUUGGCGAAAGAUGCCGUUGCAAUUCGCUGACGCAAACGACUUAGUGUUUGCUCUUGCUCGAUCCUAUGCCGUUGUCGAUGCAGACGUUGUUAAUAUAGUUAAGUUGACAGGGUCGCGAAGAAAGUCGUGUUUAACGAUCUCUGGCGUGAAUAACGCACACCUGGAGGUCGUAAAACGAUGGCCAAUGCGACUCAUCGUUGUGACAUCCUCAUCGUCGUCUCUGGGUAAACUGGCCUAAGACUAAAACGACUAUUGCGUAAGUAUUCAUAACACCACCGAGUAUUUUUAUCAGGCAUCUGGAAAAUAAAGUGAACCGUUUAAUGGUAGCGUAGCAGCAACUUUUGGUGCUGCUGCUGUUCGCCUAUCCGCUCUGAUAGGGGCUUCAAACGUCGUUGUUCUUCGACUGUGGUGUGGGGGGUCUCACUAGUGGGAACUGCAUUUUUGUGGAAAAAGAAAUACUCAGAAUGAAGAUUGAGAAUCACAUAUUAUACAUGCGUUGCACACGAAUGGAGGAAUGCUCACACUAUCUCUGCAUAGUUCGUACAGCUGCAUACAGCGUAGGGCGCAUCAUUGACCACCACGCUCAAAGCAUGUGUGACGGUGUUCGGGUUAGGAUGUUGCGUGAAGAUUUCUCCAGUGCCCAUAUACUCCAUGCGGCCGUGCGCCGCCAUGCUUAUUGCUGCUGCUACUGCCGUCAGCACCGAGUGAGCGUUUGGCUAUUCUCUUCUACAGGCGGUGGCUAUCGUCGUCUGUGCGCAGUAGAACAAAAUUCUGGCCGCAAGCAAACAGGGUGAUUUGUUGGCCAAAGUAUGUCGGCCUGCUUUGUCUACGGUCUGUGGCAUGACAAGCGAAUGUGGGCUGUUGCUUGACGAUGAAGAAAAUAAAAGCUUCAAGAAUGUCAAGCUAAGCUUGUCGUUUUACAUUUCUCAACUCAGUCUCGUAGACGACUUCGUGCCUGAUACCUUAUCGACUUGGCUUGAUGUUAAAUGUAAUGCUUGAAUGCUUCUUUCAGUAGUGUGUUAUAAUACAGUGCAAACAACGACCUAAGAUGAAUGUUUGUCUUGCUAAUCAGAUGAGUUAAAACUGAAAAUUAAAAGGUCAUGUAUUAAAGAGCACCUAAAAGGUAAACAGUUGCUGGUAACAACAAAGGCAGGCUUGCGGACAUACUUCACUCCGUGACCUCAUGUCUAUACAGACACAAAUGGCAUUGGCAUUUAAUUUUUGAGUAAUAAAUAUUUAUGCUGAUGAAAGUGAACUUUUUUUGUCCUUGUAUGUAACAAUAUGCUACCUGCGAUAAAGUUUUUACUUACAAUUUAACUUAGCCACCAUUAUACGUAUCCUGCUUGCUCUGCUAUCAAUAACACGCUUCCAGCUGCUUCCCAUUCUGGUUUUCCUACGAUUCUCAAAUUCGUACAUCUUUUGUUCCGUUGAUUAACUACCGGGUUAUCAGUUCGGCAGUAAUUUUUGCUAAUAUUAGUACAUACUGUAAUAGGAAUAAUGGAGUUUCCUGAUAGUUCACGAAUCAAGUCCAUGAAUUCACCAGAUGAGAGAGCUGUUACCAUAAAAAAUGAAAAAAUUCCAGCGAACGGCUUUGAAGCGAUGCACGAAACGGCGCUCGGCCAACGAAGGGCGCAAGAAUGAUACAUCAUCCCUAGCAUGCUAAUGGUAGUACACCUUAUUAUGAAACGCUAUUUCUAUUCUAUCUGUAUCCUACAUGUGUAUUACUGCUCAUGGCAUCUGCUGCUCUGUUUGAUAAUGAGGUUCGUUUUCCAGCAAAGGUUUUUGGUAAGUAUCUAUGAAAAAGUUACGAGGAAGUUGUGAGGACGGUGGGACGGCGAAGACGCUACUAAACUUCUUGAGAAGUUUUUCCUCGAACAAAAUAACGAAAUUCCUUUAAUUUUUGGUAAUAUUGAAUGUUUUUAAAGUGAAGCAGUUCAAUCUGUGCCUCUAAUCUAAACUGGUGCAAAAAAGUUCAGGUAAGCAUGGUCUUCUACGUAACGGUGUCAUACUAAAUACAACUAAAAUUGAUCCUUUGGCUACAAAUGGCGGAAUAUGACGUCGGCUGACAGCUCAAGUGGCGGAGGGUGACGUUUCGUGAAUAGAAUCAAUACGUCGGUUACGUCGCACGGCAAACAGUUCACACUAACAGUAAACAGCUGUCUUGUUGGAUUGCAAACGUACACCAGGACGAGCGUAUCAGCCCAGUUUUUGCGGAGCUUCUUAUUCAGCAGCCAGACGAGCAACUCAUCUAUACGUCUUCCCUCUCGGUUCCUGUGAGGCCGGACCGACGUCGACGUGUUAUCGAACUGAUGACUUAAAAAUAGAAGGAAAUGGAAACCCGAGCAUGUGGCUAGACUGGAAGGGGUUAGGCUGCGAACAUUCGUUGAGAAUGGAGAAGCUGAGGAAUUGGCGGAGUGCAACCGGUGCGUCUUCCGGGAAAAAAUGACGGGAAUCUCGUCAUCUCCAUUGUUUGUGGCCGCUGUCAACUAAACCGAUGAAAAAUUUUGUUCAAAAAAUGGAAGAAGCGCUACUGCGUAUAGAUGAUGUGUGCUGUAUCUAACUGUCCGAGUUAAAUAGAAAUGGAUCUCGGUCUGGUGACAUCUCAGCCUCGAGUGCUAUCUUCGAUGAUUUCUGCAAUCAAGAAUUCCUCAAAAAACAGUGGGCCUUUACUACCCACAAUGCCCAAGAUGAAGGCGAAGUUUCAGACAAUCGUUCGAGCCACGAUGCCCUUCCUUAGCGUGGGCGCGAGGAACAAGCAGUUCGAGCGAGAGCGACAACACCAACAAGACAGUGAGAGCAUGCGAGUAGACUCAGGAUGCGGUCCGACCGGGGGCGACGAAGAUGUGGGCAAUGGGUUACUCCACUUCGAUGAGCGUCCCCACGGAGGGCAAAGAAGAUACACAACGGGUCAUCAGGGUCUCCGGAGUCUUUUAUCUCCACUUAACCGAAAAAAGACCACAAUGUCAUAUCUGGUCUCGGCCGAUCGCGAGCACAAGUUACCGUGCUCAAAUACUCGAACCCCUGGUACCGGGGGCGAGAUCCAGUGGCAGUUCUCCCAGGUGAAAGGAACCCUUGACGAUGAGGUGACAGAAGCGGACAUAAUAAGCUGCGUGGAGUUUAACCACGACGGCGAGCUUCUCGCGACCGGCGAUAAAGGCGGUCGUGUCGUCAUUUUCCACUGCGAACAACCGCAGUCGUCAAAACGAGGUGGCCACGGAGCCGGCACGCCUGGCGAAUACACUGUCUAUUCAACAUUCCAGAGCCAUGAGCCAGAAUUUGACUACCUGAAGUCGCUGGAGAUUGAGGAACGUAUCAACAAAAUCCGUUGGUUGCGAAGAAAGAACCAGGCACAUUUUCUUCUCUCUACGAAUGACAAAACGAUAAAGCUAUGGAAGGUGAGCGAGCGAGACAAAAAGAUCGAUGGAUACAAUCUUCCACCCGAGGGUCCUGCGCCGUCGCUUACGGACUCCAGCGAGUUGAAGGUACCAACAAUCGCACCGAUGGAGCUUAUGGUGGAAGCCUCCCCACGAAGAGUUUUUGCCAAUGCGCAUACGUACCACAUCAACUCGAUUUCCGUGAACUCCGACCAGGAAACGUAUCUAUCAGCAGAUGACCUUCGCAUCAACCUAUGGCAUUUGGAAUGCACUGACCAGAGUUUCAACAUUGUUGAUAUUAAGCCGGCAAACAUGGAGGAACUUACUGAAGUAAUAACGGCGGCCGAGUUCCAUCCUCAUCAUUGUCAGCAUCUGGUCUACUCAUCAUCAAAGGGCACCCUCCGGCUGUGUGAUAUGCGUCAGGCGGCCCUGUGCGAUCAGCACUCGAAGCUGUUCGAAGAGCCUGAAGAUCCUACGAAUCGGUCAUUCUUUUCAGAAAUUAUCUCCUCGAUUAGCGACGUCAAGUUUUCGCACUGUGGUCGAUACUUGCUAUCUCGAGAUUACCUCACUGUUAAGGUAUGGGACCUUCAGAUGGAAAACCGGCCCGUCCAAACGUUCGAUGUUCACGAAUACUUGCGAACACGGCUUUGUUCGCUUUAUGAAAACGAUUGUAUUUUCGAUAAGUUCGAAUGCUGCUGGAACGGUAAUGACAAUUACAUAAUGACGGGUUCAUACAACAACUUCUUCCGCGUGUUCGAUCGUAACACGAAGCGAGACGUCACGUUGGAGGCGUCCCGGGAGAUUGCCAAACCUCGAACUCUGUUGCGGCCAAAACGGGUCUGCGCAACGGCGACAGGUGUUGGCAAACGUAAGAAGGAAGAGCUGACAGUCGACUGCCUCGACUUCAAUCGGAAGAUUCUUCAUACGGCUUGGCAUCCUCGUGAUAAUGUUCUUGCAGUGGCAGCUACCAACAAUCUCUACUUAUUCACCGAGAGAAGGUAGCCGCCAGCCGUGGAGGAUGCUGGAGCAAAAACGACAUCAGAAACUAUAAUUUCAACAGCCGCAGCUACAAUUAUUAGUAGUAGCGUUUUCCCUGCUAAUGCUACCAGUAGCGCUACUAUGACGAUGAAAACGGGCGCGACAAUGGAAUCACAACAGCAGGCAUCAUUAUUACGAACCUCGAACAAGACCAGCAACACACGAACACCACCUCCUCGCCCACAGCGUCCGCCUCUACCAACAGCCCAACCCCCUGCUCGCCCCCCUGUUACACUCUCGCAAAGAACCAAUACUACAACAAUAACAGGAACAGCAACAACAACGAUUCUAAGACCCGGCAGUAGCAACUUACAAAAUGAGGCGAUUACAGCAGACUGCUCGCUAAUAAUGUCGUCUGCUUGGAGUAGCAACAGGGCAAUGCUGCCAAGGCCCGUAGCAACGGCAAAAGUUGCAACAGCAGCUGCACCAGCUUCAACGUCAAACACAGUACCAGCAUCUGCACCUCGAGAAACAGGUGGGACCCGAAGAAUCCUGCCGGCAAUCCCAGUUACGGCACCAGCUCCUGCAAUGGGUCGCCAUCGUUAACGGCAGCAACAGUUUACUGCAGAGUUCACGCCGUUCGUCGUUCUUCUUUCUACUUUAAAACGACGAGGAUAUAUUGCCAUAGAGAAGGAGGCGAAACUAGAAUAAUAACAAAAAGAAAAUGAGGUAGAGAUAUUGACGUGGCAAUACUACGCAAGGGUACAAUAAUAUGAAGAGGUAAUGGUAGAGAUUUCGAGAGACAGGUAGAGAGCUACAGAGAACUAUUCUACUGAACUAUUCUAGAAUGCUGCUCUUGUAUCAUUAUGCCAAUGAAAUAAUGGCUGUUAUAACUGCUAUUAUUAUCACUAUUGCUCUACAAUUAGGACGAAGUGAUGUCCGUGGUGUCACGUACAGUACUACAGCAAUUCAAAAAGUCGAAGCAGCAGUAGCGGAGUAGUGUGGUGUGUAUAGAAAAUGCACGUUGCCUCAACCUAACAAGACCUGUAAAUGCUUUGCACAUACAGAUACACACACAUGCGAAGUCACACAAUAGAUGGCAAGCAAAAGCCCGAAGAACUGUUGAGCUUGCCUUAACAUUUUGCUCUUCAUUACUAUGUCUCAUUGCAGUUCAGGCACACAUUCAUAAACAGACAAACAGCGACUGUUUCCUGUAAACGUAUUUAAAUCCAGCUACUUCAAUUUCCACUGCUAGCUUGCUACAGUAGAGCAAUUAAAGUUUGUUUGACACUUUCCGGCAGCAGCUGUAAUAGCGAUGGUAUUUCGCAUCAGUCAAAGCAGUGAAGACAGCAGAAGAUAACGAGUAGCAUUGGGCUAACCUGUCCAUGGAAGAUUUUUUUCGAAUAGUAAUUAUUCCGCCGAUCAGUGAGAAUAUCCUCCCUCACCAGUGCUUGCAUGUCUAUGGCGAUGUCUGUGAACAUGCCAUAAAUGUGUGAUUGUGAAAUCAAAAGUCCUAGGCCGCUAAAAUAACUGAGGCCUACCAAUAUAACAACACUAUGAUGAGGUAAACUUGACCAAUAGAUUCUCUGUAGGCAUAGAGUUGUCGACAGAUAAGCGUGUUCCAAGUUGGAUGCGAAUGUUUCUUCAUGUGUGAUGAUGACUAUCUUGCCGAAGCUAUGCCAACCCACCAGGUAUUACUUUGUACCUGGGGUUAUGAGCAGCUAUCUCGACAAAGGAUAGUGUAGAUUGCAUACAAUGUAGACUGUGUACCAGUUCUAUGAACCAAGUAUGCCAGCUUCCGCGAAUCUGACGCACUCUGCUACAGGUAUCCGUUGUCCACACAGCGGACAGCUGUUGGGUGGUGCACACACAGAAACGGGCAUAGAAGUAUACGCUGGAUGUUGAGCUCCUAGAAAGCAAACUUUUCAACAUGUAGAGGAUAGUCUUACUGAGUUUGUGACGGUAUGAUGAAUCGUCGUCACAACUAUGUUCCAGUGGGGAGUACGGUAGUAUUAAACAUUUGAUUCUGUAGACUUAGUAAUCAAUGAAUUGAUCUGCCCCCCUCGAAACGUGCUCAGCGUAAACUUGGGAACAAAGACAGCGUUUUUCCGUCACCCGUUGGACAAUCGCCCUAAUGCCCUCCCCCCAUUGAAUCAUAGAACAAAAUUUUUUUGGUGGAAGAUUUUGUGCUUGCGCACCAAGAACUCCCUACAACACAAUAACAUACAUUUCAGGAAACAUGUUGCGUAUGAAUACCUCCCUUGGAGGUACGCAGGUAACUAAAGUGGUAAAAUGAGCAUGCAUGUUGUCAGAAAAACUAUAACAACAUUAAAAAAGACAACAAGAAAAACCACAACUCUAGCACAAAGUGGGAACGUUUUAUCGCAACACUUCCUGGCGCUGACGCUGGUGCUGUUUCACGUGAAUGCUGUUGUUUGAUCAGAGAUUUAAGUAAUUUCUGGGCUGGAUGCAUGUACGUAGGUCGCGCUCUUUCACAAAAAAGUGACAAAAAAGUAAAGACGUUUUCCGAGAACGCUGUCGUUAAGAAAGUAUAAAAAUACUAAUGACAAUUCUAAAUAAAAACAGAAA